CACAGUAAUCACUACAUACCGGGGCAACUAGCCACAGAAGGUUAACGUAUUUUGUGCCGCGCGUGACACUACCGGCAAUAUGUCUUCAAUUAAUUUGGAUAACCCUGUUGUACGCUCGUACAUAGUAUAUUCAGCUAUAUUAGCUUUAAAGCUGCUGUUUAUUUCUAUUUUGACUGCGCUAGCUCGUAUGACUAGAAAUGUGUUUGCAAAUCCCGAAGAUGCUGUGUUGACGAAGGGAAAAGUAAAGUUCGAUGAUCAAGUGGUCGAACGUAAACGGCGAGCGCAUCUCAACGAUUUGGAGAAUAUUCCAGCAUUCUGGGUGCUCGGCGCAUUAUAUGUGACUACCGGACCAGCUGUUGCGUGGGCGCAGCUACUCUUUCGUGCUUUCACAUUGGGCCGUAUACUUCACACGAUUGUAUACGCAAUAAUACCGUUACCUCAACCGGCGCGCGUUAUAGCGUUCGGUGUUCCCUUUGCUAUUAAUAUUUAUAUUGGUGUACAAGUGAUAUUACACUAUGCAACGGCGUUGUAGUAUACAUACUUCAUAGCAAUCUAAUUUAUUUAUUGUAUAUUUAAAUUGGGAACAUUUUUGUAUGAUAUUAGUAGAAGUAAUAUUAAGUAUAUCAUGUGGUCGAAAUAA